AAAAACGUGCCUGGCGGCCGGAGGGACAUUCGCUUUGACAUUAUUUGGCGCGGACUGUCCGAACGGGAACGAGCCCCGCGGAGGGUCACUCGGCCCGGUUCGGCUCGGAUCGGCUCGGAUCGGACCGAAUCGGCGCCGCGCUGCGUUCCCAUGGAAAGGGUGGGCGCAUAGGUGGAAUUCCGCUUCCGUUCCACAGGGACUCAACUUUUCCUCUCCCUCCGCAGCCCAGCAGCGAUCCGAUCGCGCUACCACCAGGAGCGGAGACCCGGCCUCCGCAAACCGCACCGACGAUGGCCAGUUCGUCCCCGCAGAAAUCGCCGUCGUCCCCCAAAUCGCCGCCGUCCCGAAAGAAGGAUGACUCCUUCCUCGGCAAACUUGGAGGAACUUUGGCGAGGAGAAAAAAGGCGAAGGAAGUGUCCGAGCUCCAGGAGGAAGGGAUGAACGCCAUCAACCUGCCCCUGAGCCCCAUCCCCUUCGAGCUGGACCCCGAGGACACCAUGCUGGAGGAGAACGAAGUUCGCACCAUGGUGGACCCGAACUCCAAGAGCGACCCCAAACUGCAGGAGCUGAUGAAGGUGCUCAUCGACUGGAUCAACGACGUGUUGGUUGGGGAAAGGAUAAUUGUUAAGGACCUGGCUGAGGACCUCUAUGAUGGGCAGGUCCUACAGAAGCUGUUUGAAAAGCUGGAGGGGGAAAAGCUCAACGUUGCUGAAGUCACGCAGUCCGAGAUCGCCCAGAAGCAGAAGCUCCAGACGGUGCUGGAGAAGAUCAAUGACACGCUGAAGGUUUCUACCAGGAACAUCAAGUGGAACGUUGACUCUGUGCACGCUAAGAGUGUGGUGGCCAUUCUUCACCUGUUGGUGGCGCUGUCUCAGCACUUUCGAGCCCCGAUCAGACUUCCGGAUCACGUGUCCAUUCAAGUUGUGGUGGUCCAGAAACGUGAGGGAAUUCUGCAGUCCCGGCAAAUCCAGGAGGAGAUCACGGGCAACACGGAGGCUUUAUCUGGGAGACAUGAGAGGGACGCCUUUGACACCCUAUUUGACCACGCCCCAGACAAGCUCAACGUGGUAAAAAAGACCCUGAUCACCUUUGUGAACAAGCACUUGAACAAGCUGAACUUGGAGGUGUCAGAAUUAGACACACAGUUUGCAGAUGGUGUUUACCUGGUUCUGCUGAUGGGGCUCCUCGAGGGAUACUUUGUUCCACUCUACAACUUCUUCCUCACCCCGGAAAACUUUGAGCAGAAGGUCCACAACGUGUCCUUCUCCUUCGAGCUCAUGCAGGAUGGUGGCCUGGAAAGACCCAAGCCCAGACCCGAGGACAUCGUGAACUGCGAUCUGAAGUCCACCCUGAGGGUGCUCUACAACCUCUUCACCAAAUACAGGAAUGUGGAGUAAGCGGGAUGUGGCGGGUGCUCCGUUUCCAAGGCAAUGCUGCCGUCGCUCACCUGCUUCUCCUGGCUUCACGCCCCCCCCCCACUUGACGGCACGUACAGAGGGCCACGGAAGGGAUCGCCGUGAGCGUUCAGCAUUCACCAGAAUCCUGCAGUCAUGUAUGAAAAAAGAAACAACCCAGAAGGCCAAAAGUAAUAAGACCAAA